CUGCCCGCACUAAGUAUGGCGGCCGCCGGCCUCAGCCCGUGCGUCUCCCGCGAGCGGCGGGGGGAGCCCGGCGCGCUGCUGCCCGAGCUCGGCAUGGCGGCCAAAGGGACCCGGCAGCGGUCGAGGGGAGGCGGCGGGGACCCGGUCCGGCCGCGAGAGGAAGGGCCGGGCCCGGAGGAGGCCAAGGCGGAGCCAUCUGGGAACAAAGCAGGGCAGGUCUGGGCACCUGAAGGAUCCACAGCUUUCAAGUGUCUGAUCUCAGCCCGGUUCUGCGCUGCCCUCUUGAGUAACAUCUCAGAUUGUGAUGAGACGUUUAACUACUGGGAACCGAUGCACUACCUCGUCUAUGGGAAAGGGUUCCAGACGUGGGAAUACUCUCCAGUCUAUGCCAUUCGCUCCUAUGCUUACCUAUGGCUUCAUGCCUUGCCAGCCUUAUUCCAUGCUAGAGUUCUACAGACAAAUAAGGUUCUCGUCUUUUAUUUCCUGCGAUGUCUCUUGGCCUUCUUGAGUUGCAUUUGUGAGCUUUACUUUUAUAAGGCCGUGUGUAAGAAAUUUGGGCUGCAUGUGAGCCGGCUGAUGCUGGCCUUCUUAGUUCUCGGCGCUGGGAUGUUUUGCUCAGCUGCAGCCUUCCUCCCCAGCAGUUUCUGUAUGUACACCACAGUGGUUGCUAUGACUGGCUGGUAUAUGGAUAAGACCUCUAUAGCCGUGUUGGGCGUGGCAGCUGGAGCCAUUGUGGGUUGGCCCUUCAGUGCAGCUCUUGGGAUACCUAUUGCCAUUGACUUGCUGAUAAUAAAGCGGAGGUGGAAGAGCUUCCUGAACUGGUGUCUGGUGGCCCUGAUCCUGUUUUUGGUUCCCCUUGUGAUUGUUGACAGCUAUUACUAUGGGAAGCUGGUAAUCACUCCUCUUAACAUUGUUUUAUACAAUGUCUUCACACCUCACGGACCUGAUCUUUAUGGUACCGAGCCCUGGUCCUUCUAUUUUAUUAAUGGUUUCCUGAACUUCAAUGUGGCUUUUGCCUUGGCCCUGCUUGCCCUGCCGCUGACCUCCCUCAUGGAGUGUCUGCUACAGAAAUUUCACGUCCAGAAUCUGGGUCGCCCAUAUUGGCUUACGCUGGCUCCUAUGUACAUCUGGAUCCUGAUUUUCUUCAGUCAACCCCACAAAGAGGAGAGGUUUCUGUUUCCCAUAUAUCCUCUUAUCUGUCUCUGUGGAGCUGUGGCGCUCUCUGCCCUACAGAAAUGUUACCACUUCGCAUUCCAGCGUUACCGCCUGGAGCACUACACAGUCUCCUCCAACUGGCUGGCUCUGGGGACAGUUUUUCUCUUUGGGCUCUUGUCGCUCUCGCGCUCUGUGGCUUUAUUCAAAGGGUACCAUGGACCUCUCGACCUGUAUCCAGAAUUUCAUAGGAUUGCCACUGAUCCAACUAUUCACACAGUGCCAGAAGGGAGGCCGGUUAAUGUCUGUGUGGGGAAGGAGUGGUACCGAUUUCCAAGCAGCUUUCUCCUGCCAGAUAAUUGGCAGCUCCAGUUCAUCCCAUCAGAGUUCAGGGGCCAGUUACCGAAACCAUUUGCCAAGGGACCAGUGGCCACACGGAUUAUUCCUGCAGACAUGAAUGACCAAAACAGGGAAGAGCCAACCAGAUAUAUUGACAUUUCCAAAUGCCAUUACCUGGUGGAUUUAGAUAGCGCAACUGAAACAUCCAGGGAGCCGAGAUACUCCUCCAACAAAGAAGAAUGGGUCAGCAUUGCCUACAAACCAUUCCUGGAUACUUCCAGGUCUUCAAAGCUGCUGCGUGCUUUCUAUGUCCCUUUCCUGUCCGAGCGGCAUACGUCAUAUGCAAACUACACCAUCCUUAAACCCCGGAAGUCAAAGCAAGCCAGGAAAAAAACAGGAGGUUAGCGACACACCUGCGGACCAAAAAGGAUCAACCAAUAUUGUCGGCCAGCUGCUUAAACUUUCCUAGAAAAAAAAAAUGCUUGUAAGAUUCAUUAAUAAAGGUUUCCCACCCAGUGAUUUCACUCCGCAAGCCUCCAGCGGAGAAGAGUACAUCAUCUGCUCUCGGUUCUGUUCCUCUCUGCUCUGCCUGCACAACCCGUUUUCAGAACGUAGUGGUAAGAAACCGUUUGAAAAUCCAGCAGCUGCCUACCUGCAUUAUUAUUAGAUAGAGCAGAGCAAAACUUAAUAGGAAGAAAUGACUAUGUUAGACUGUGCGCCCGGGUACUGCCUGGCACCAGGAAAAUUCACAGCCGCGCUCUCUCUCAAUAGUCCUCAUCUGCUAAAUAGCUGCUUGCAUACUCCUAGGAAACAUUAUUUGCAGAUAACAGCAUUUGGGGAAAACAAAAAACAAACCCCCGAAACAGCAGCACAGUAGAGGCAAUGACUCUCUGAAAUGCUAAGAAUCUCAGCAAACAAGACAGUCCAUACCAUAGAGAAAAAUCCCUCAGAUCUCCCUGUCCAGGAGAUACUUUCCAAGGAGAAACUUGCACUUUCAAACAAACUGUGAUUUUUGUUAGUUAUCUGUUUUAAUGGGAUGUGAUUUCAUUUGCCGUGAGUUCUGUUUUCCUGGUUAUGAUCCUAGAUAUUGUGAAAACACAGGGGCUUCGUUUAAUCUUAUUGAUUACUGUGUUUGUGUGUGUGUGUGUUUUUGUGUGUGUUUAAAGAAACAUUUAAUGUCCUUUGAAUUCUUGUCUCCAGUGUGUAAAAUGUCUGGAAACCAUCUAUGGGGUAAAAAGGGUUGUUAAUUAUUGUGAUUCAGUUUCCCAAAUCUACGAGGAUGCGUACAAGUUCCCUUUGGUCAAAGACCCUCCGGAAUGAUGAUGCAGUAUGGAACUAUACCUGAGUUUUUACAGUCCUGUACUAUAUUAUGAACCAGAUUACAUCAGUCUUGUAGAAACCAGUGCAGGGGUCUUAGAGAGGGAAUGUGGGUGAACUUUCCCUCAGUGCAGAGGGACAGACAGCACAAGCACGGUGCCCAACCUAAGCCCUAUUCCGAGGGUUUAAAUGGAACUUAGUAGUGUAUAAGCUUGGAGCCCUGCCCGUGGAUGGCCCAUUUCAUCCUGUGUGAAUAGCACACGCAUCAGAGAGAGCAGAUGAGAUUGGCUGUAUGAGAGACUGGCGCAGAGAAUGGUCUGUGAAUAGGUUUGUCCAUGUGUAGAGAUGCAGUGCUGAAGUGGGGGGCUGCGGUGGUUGAACGGUGAGUGUAUAUGAUGGAAAGCAAACACCGGUGGAUGUGUAGGGCAGGUGUAUCUUUCAGCACGUUUGCAGGUCAAUAGCCGAGCAAGCUGCUGUACCAAGGUCAAAAGGGCAGACAGUGCAGCAGUGUGGCUCUGAUUUAACAUGACACUAUUGGGUCAGAGCUGGAGAAGUCAGGAAAGGAAAUAGUGCAACACUCAGAGAACCAUGCAUGGCUUUAAUCUGGAAAAUUACAUUUGAAAUGUAGUAGAGGACACUGGACUUCCCUUUGUCUGUUCAGUCCCGUGCACUCACUAGGGAUGAGUAUUGAUGAAGUGCUUACGUCACCACUCGGCUACAUUUCCUCCUGCAUAGUUGCAGGGUUGGCUGCUUACUGCCCCGGAUGUUUUAUUUAACUCUUUUUCUUUUCUUUUCUUUUCUUUUUUUUUUUUUUUUUUUUUUUUUUUUAAGGUAACUCUGCAGCAGGGACCAGAGGAGAAGGAGAGGGAACAAUAUGCAUGUGAUGCUCAGCAUGUUCUGAGAAACAGGCUCUUUCAAAGUGUGUCAGAUUGGUCACCCCAAAUCACUAGUCACUUUUGAAACUCUUGGCCAGGUGGUGGUGAUUCUUGGGCUCCUCGGCUGUGGGAGCUAGUAAGUGUCUUCCUUCAGAUAUGUGAUAACAUCAAGGAGUCUUUCUUUAAGUCUUUCUAGUUAUUGCUGUGGAUGUGUAGGGUUUCAUAUGGUUAGCGAGUGGGAAAGCAGGUUGGCCAAGCCUUCAGUUCAGAGCCUUAAUGCUCUCAUUAAGGUCUGAAUGCCACAGUGACUGCCUUGUUGACUCUGUAAAUGCUGUAAGUGUUGUUUCUCUGCUUUGCUGUAAUUUCACGCCCGAGGACCUUGUUACUUUAGGUAAAAGUCACCCUGUGAGCUGGUGUGCAGAACCUCCCUCCACCCAAGUUUGGCUUAGCAUUCAGCACACUCAGACAAACUUGUUCUCUAGAUCUUGUUUCUUUAGUCAGGUUGACAGUGUACCCGUUGUGAUCAACAGCAAGGCAUAUGGAGUGUCUGUCACUUGGCUGAGGGAAAAAUGGCAUGUGGGACUCCAGACUAAAUUGACAUGCAGUUGAAAUGCAGGUGGAGGUUGCUGUGUGAAAGCGCAUCAAGUAUUUUGAUUUUGCAUUUUGUUAUUUUUUAAUUAACUUCACUACAUUGAAGGCAAAUGUUAGACUGUACAAAGCAUGAUCGGUAAAAAGCCCCUGCAUGCCUUUUUGUUGCCUGGGUGAUUGAUACAUUAAGGAUGAAAUUCUCCCCUGUACAGAGGAGCAGUACAAAGCCUGUGCAUUAUUAAAAUCCUGUUUUGAAGGCUUAUGUGGGACAUACGUGGCAUACAGGAUUUGGGCUUGCCCUCUGUAGAGGGGUGCUUUUUACCCUGUGCAAAUAGUGUCUGUCCCUAUAGAGUCUUUGGUAUAACAACAUUGGAAUUUCCCUCUUAAAAAUCCCAGUCUUUACAGUAAACUAAUGUCUUAAAUGUCUUAGGUAAAUUUGCCUGGGAGACAAAACUGCAAUGUUGCAGGUCAACACUGAAUGUCUGCUUAAUGCUCCCAUUUGUUUCUUUUUAAUGGUUUCCCCACCCCACAUGUUAACAUUCCUUUAAUAAGGCUCUGUUGUGUCACACCAGUGAAUCUAAACCAAAACUUCCAUCCUAUCUGCUUCCCCCACCAGUGUUUCCAUCUAUAAAUGGAACACUGAAACAAGGAACACAGUUAGACAGUCUAUUGCGUACCUCUCUUUGGUGGUGUCUCACUGUCCCAGCCUUUACUGUCAUGUUUACUGUGAAAAGAUAGUCCAGGAAACAUCUGUUUUCAAUUAUUGUGCCUGCUCCACCCUUUCUUCCCGUUUUAAUUCCUUUUUGCAGACCCUGACAGCUUCACAUUAAAUGGGAGUGAUCAGCAUCUCCAAGAAAAAGGCAGCAACCACCCUGUUGCUGUAUGAAGAACUACACUUGGGUCAUAUUAACAGAUGUUGAUUUCCCAUCCAUUGGAAGGUGAAGCUAGGAACACUCACAGGUGGUGGUAUCAUAUUUGCUUCAUGGUAGCACUGAGAGGCUCUAGUCAAGAUAGAGGCCCAAUUUUGUUGGUUGAUCCCACGUCCUGCAGUGCUUACAACCAAAACAGACAAAGGAGGCUUUAUUAGCCCCAUUUUACAGGUGAAGCACAGUGAGAUCAAGGACUAGCCCAUGGUCAUAUAGGGAGUCAGUGGAAAAGAUAGGAAUCAAACUGGGUCCUUGUCCAGUGGCUUAACCCCCCAAACCAUCCUUCCUCGGACCGGGCAGAGCCUAGCAGCCCUACAGCUGCUUUCUGCACAUAUGGCCCAGAAAGUAGAGUCUAGGAAACCUCAGGUCUCCCUGACUUCCUUUCCUGCUGGAGCAAUGGUCUCCCAUCCACCUAGCACAGCAGUCUCUGGAAAUAAUUCUGAAGCUGUAGCGCAGUGCAGAGGCAUCUGGAACGCCCGCACGAGGCCAUCUGCUCUGGAAAGGUAACGCUGCUCUAAGCGGUGCUUUCAUCAUGGGGUAUGCAGAGCAACAGGUGAACUUUCUGACAGGAAACCGUUAAGGCUCCCUUCUGUUAAUAAUUCAUAGCUCAGAGCUGUUGGGCUUUGCGCAGCGCCAACAUUUUAAGCAAAUAAUCAAUAAUGAGAAGAGAACAGUACUUCUAAAUAAAUGCAUUCAGUGGAAUGAGCUGCCCGAGGAAGCUGUGCUGCACAAUCUGUGUCUUCAUGUGUAAUGGGGUGGGGGAGUGUUGGGAUGGGAGGGAAAGAGCAGUACUGACUGCUGGGGUUUCCUAACACCUUCCUGCCUUCUCAGGAUAAAUUACCUUGCUUUUGAAAUGUGGAUUUGCAGAGAUUUCCAAAAAUGAUGGCCUUCCCUUUGUAAAGGUUUCAUUGUUUGCUUGGUGCUUAUACAAUUUUUUUGUUUUGUUUUUCCUUUGACCCUAAUAAAAUUAAACUUUGUGAUCUA